GAAGGUAUGAUUAACGGUGCUUAAAGAUACACAUGUGAUAAAUGUGUGGGAUAUUUUAUCCGUUAAGGCACAGCGGAGGUCUCUGCUGUCCGUGGUUUGCCACGUACGGCUGCAGGAAAUUUGAUCUGCAGAGGUGCCCAUGCAGACACGGAACACCCGCCCCUUCGUGUUGACUUCCCAGGAGCAUGGCAUGGUGAUUCACUUUGUGGUAACGCAGAGAGGGCAGUGACAAAUUUGUCACAGUUGGUCAGACUUUUUAUGAUGUAGAAGGGAAAAGAUGCCGGAAAAAUCGGCGUUUAAAGCCAAAGAGAAGAUCUCAGGCAUAAUGGUACUCCUCCUGUGUUUUGGCCUGUCAUUGCUGGCGGCCGUCCAGUCCAGUACUGUCAAGAACUGCCACCCUGGCUGCCGCUGUGAGGUGGAAAGCUUUGGGCUGUUCGACAGCUUUAGCCUGACCAGGGUGGAUUGUCGAGGGUUGGGACCCAGCACCGCUAUGCCUGUCCCCAUCCCACUGGACACUGCCCACCUGGACCUGUCCUCCAAUGCCAUGGGCCCACUCAGUGACACCAUGUUAGCUGGUCCAGGCUACACCACCCUUGUUAGCUUGGACCUCAGCAGCAACCAUAUUACAAAGGUAAGCCCCAGUGCUUUGUCUAAGCUGCGUUACCUGGAGACUCUAGAUCUGAGCCACAACAACCUGGAGAGCCUUUCCCCAAGCUGUUUCUCUGGCCUCCCUCUGGCUGAUGUUGACCUCAGUCACAACAGCUUCCUGGAGUUUGACAUGGAUGUGUUCGCUACUAAAGUCAACAGUGAACCUGUCAGCGUGGAUCUGUCUCAUAACAAGCUUGUGUCAGUCUCCACAACAUCGCAUGGAAGAGUAUUACACAUUCAAAGCUUAAAUCUGUCAGCAAACCGGCUGUUAAUUGUACCAAGGCUGGCAGGACUCCCGCUGAGAUACCUUAAUCUGGAUGGUAACCCUAUCACACAGAUCCAUGAGGGAGCCUUUGCUCAGCUAAAAGAUCUGGUUUAUUUAUCCAUCAGUGGCCUCCAUGAGCUUCAGGAAAUUGAACCUUACAGCUUCAAGGGCCUCCAGAGCCUCCAAGUUCUGGAUCUCUCCAAUAACCACAAGCUGAAGACUCUGAACCCUGCUGUUUUCAGUGGACUAGAUUCCCUGCAAGAGCUGAAUUUGUCAGGUUCUGGUGUGGCGUCCUUGCCAAAUAACAUGCUGACCCACCUGCCCAGUAUUAAGAGUAUUACACUGGGACGAAGCAUCCACUGCUGGAGGACCCAGAAACAGGGACAGUUCCAUCGGCAGCUGGGUCAGGUCCAACACAAUGAGGUUCUGACCUGUAAUGUGGAGGGCAUCGUUUUGUGAGGCUGUGCCUGUGGACAUGGACCACUCCUUAACAAUCCUAAUGCCAGAGCCGUGCCUUAUCUGCUUUGAUAUGCAAAUCUUUUUUUCUGUGUAACUCUUAGUCAAUUACCUCUGGAACAUGUCUUAAAGGAUAAUUGCAGCCUUCAUGAACUCUGGACACAAGUAUCACAAAUGCUGUACCUUUUAGCAACACAACAGCAAAAUGUACAGUAUUUUACAUAACAAUCUCUUUUAUGUCUUAACAUACAAUAUAGUCUAAACUGGUAGAAAAACUUUCAUAAAUCCAAAACCUUAAGUAAUGUUCAUACUACAUUUAAAGUGGGACCAUAAUUGCAUAAUUAUUUGCACUUAUUCUAGUCACAGAUUUAAAAAAAAAAUGCACUUACACAUUGCCAAAAUGUCAUCCAGUGUAACACAAAACCAUAAGUUGACCACUAAGAAUUUUCAUUUGACUUUGAAUGUGAUGCUUUAUAGAAAUAAUUAAAGAAAUAGUUUUGACAUUUUUGGUAAAUACACAUAUUUGCUUUUUAGUUGAAAGUUAGAUGAGAAGAUCCCUCUCUCACAUCUGUUUGUUCAGUGUGAUGCUACAGCCAGCAGCUGCUUAACUUAGUUUAGCAUCACAAAGACUGAAAGCAGAGGGGGACAGCUAGCUCACUAAUGAACCACAACCUGUUGCUUUUACCCUUCCUUUUUUUUUUAACAGAUAAAAGAAAGUGGAUGGAUUUUGUUACCUUCAGACAGAGCUAGGCUAGCUGUCCCCUGUUUCCAGUCUUAGCACUUAGCUAACCCAACUGGUUUGUAAUAGCUUCACAUUUACCACACAGACACAAGAGUGGUAUCAAACUCAUUAUCUAACUCUUGGUAAAAGCAAAUCAUUUUCUGAAUGAUUGACCUGUAUAAUUCAAGGACAAGAAAUCAUUUAUCUAUUGUGGUCUGGGUGGGAAGCUUAUAGUAAAGACUUGUUACACACACUGUGACAAAACCAGUUGAUGGUAAAGAUCUUUCUUUUGUCACACCCACAAAAUGUCCAUUUUAUUACUUGAAUUUACUUCCACAAAUAUUUGCCCGAAUCUGACAACUUGUCCAUUGUGUGGGGACAGUUUCUCUUCAUAAUGACACUAAGUUUGAUGUAAAGCCUUUGCAAGUUAGGUGUAUAUGUCUUUUGAUAUGAUGCUCACUGAUUUCUGUUCCGUUUGUUUCACUGAUAUUAUGCAACAAGAUUAAACAAGCUGUGUCCAUGUUGA